AUGGAUAGGUCAAGGGACUACGAUUAUAACCGUUCGAGUUCUUCCAGCGAUGAUUCCUCCCAUAAGUCUGAUAGGUAUCAUCAUCGCUGGUGGAAUGAACGUGAGGUCUCGAGUAAAUAUGAUAAAUAUUCAGAUUCCUCUGAAAGGAGGAAUUCUAAAGAUGUAAAAAGUAGGUCGAUGGGAGAUCGCGAUACUUCCCCUCAACGUUCACGGCAUUACCGCAACGCUCAUGGCGAUGCAGUAAGUCCUGACAACGGCCAAGGGGAAGAACAAGUCAACAGAACUAGGGAUUACCUUGACAGAUUCCAUUCGCGCCGCAAUCAGAGAGAUCGCUCCAUUUCCCCACGACAUGAUUAUAGGGGAGGUGACUAUUAUUCUAGCGAGACUCCAUUGCGAGGCGAAUGCGAUCGUCAUCAAUAUGAUUCAAAGGGUGAUAACUGUCAUGAGCCUUCCCCUCGUCACAGUAAUAGACCGCAUUACGAAUCCCCACAAAGAUACAGGGAUGCUGAUUAUUAUGACAGUCAUUACAAUUCUCCACCGCGAGACAGGGAUGAUUAUCGUUAUUAUGAUUACCCAAGAGAUUACGACCAUUCUCCACGUCGUGGGAGACGUUACGAAUUCCCACCCAACUCUUAUCGGGAUGAUUAUGAUUAUGAUCGUAACUAA